CAAAUAACUAUUUAAAAAAAGAUUACAUUCACUAAAAAAGUUAUACAUAGUGAUUAUUGGCAUGAUUUCUUCUUAAAAUAUUAUUUGAAAACUGAUGACAAUUAAUGUUUAGAUUCUACUGCAAUAUUGAGACAUUAUUUAUAAAACAUAUCACUCACAUUACUGUCCAAGAAUAAUGUAGUUCUGUAACAAUAUCUAUAUAUAGAUGGAUGAGUUGCAUAUAGUUGAAUAAAACAGAAACCUUGAUAUAUCAAAAACCCUUGCCUUCUAUAUUCUUGUUUCAUGGCUUCCUUUUUUAAUAUGGGUGUCUUUUUGUUGCUUCUCGUGCUUAUUGGGUUGGAGACUUCUAAAACAGCUGCACAAUCAAUAGGAGUUUGUUAUGGGAUAGUGGCAAACAACUUGCCUCCUGCUGCGGAAGUAAUAGAACUUUUCAAAACUAAUGGCAUUGCAAAAAUGAGAAUAUAUAAUCCAGAUCAAGCAACCUUGGAGGCCCUUAGAAGGUCCAACAUAGAACUUGUCAUUGGGGUCCCUAAUGAAGACAUGCAAUCAAUUUCCAAUGAUGUUUCAUCAGCAACUAGUUGGGUACAAAACAAUAUAAUAAAUUACUCUAAUGAUGUCAUAUUUAGGUACAUUGUUGUUGGAAAUGAAAUAAAUCCUAAUGAUCCAACAUCACAAUUUGUUCUUCCUGCAAUGCAAAAUAUUUAUGCAGCACUUGCAACUGCCAACUUACAAAAUCAAAUUAAGAUUUCAACCGCUAUACAAGUAGGCUUGUUGGGAAGUUCCUACCCUCCAUCACAAGGAGAAUUUAGUCCUGAUGCAAUUCCAUAUUUAACUCCAAUAGUUAACUUCUUAGUGACCAAUGGAGCACCACUUCUUGCUAACGUGUAUCCAUACUUUGCUUAUAUUGGUAAUGAAGCGGACAUUCCUCUUGAAUAUGCUCUUUUUACUCAACAAGGAACCACUGAUAUUGGGUACCAAAACCUAUUUGAUGCAAUGUUAGAUGCAUUAUAUGCUGCUGCUUUGAAAAUUGGGGCAUCCAAUUUACAAAUAGUUGUGUCUGAGAGUGGAUGGCCAUCUGCAGGUGGAGAAGGGGCCACAACUGAAAAUGCUGCUGCAUAUUAUACGAAUUUGAUUAAUCAUGUCAAUAGUGGGAAUGGAACUCCUAUGAGGCCUGGUCAACCUAUUGAGACUUAUUUGUUUGCUAUGUUUGAUGAAAAUCUGAAGCCUGGUGCAGCAAGUGAGCAAUAUUUUGGUCUCUUCACCCCUGACAAAUCACAAAAAUAUAAUAUAGCUUCAAUACAUAAUAACUGA